CCUGCGAGGAACACCGAGGAUCAGCGGGACUGGGCCGUUAAGCCAUCGGUGUAAGUGACCGGACGACAGCUCACUGGAGUGUCACAUUGGUCUAAAUUUCUAUUCUAUUCUAUUCUAUUCUAUUCUAUUCUCCUAACUGCAGAGGAGCCACGCAGAGUUGACAAGCUGAGCAACGUAAAACAUAGACUCGGAGAGACGGAGUGAGAGGAGGGCGAGGGAGUGAAAAUCCAAAAAUCCGUCACUGAAAAGAUUUAACCGUCUCUAAAAAGCAUGAAGACACACUGAUGUGGAUUUAAAAGACAGCUGUUCAAUCAACAAACUUUGCAUAACCCGCUGGAAAUAUAUCUACUAAAAAAGAAUGGAAUAAUUUGACUCCCAAUUAGGCUAACAGGGAUUUUUUUAAGUGGAUAUUUUCCCUUUUCACCUGCAAGAGGUGCAAAAAGGUGGGGGGGAGAAGGAAGGGGAGAACAGCGAGGGAAAAGAAGAAAAGCAAAGAAGAAGAAGCUGAAGAAGAAAAGAGAGAAGCAGGGGGAGAGACGGGUGGUCGGGCUGGGAGAAGAACUCCAGUCUUCUCACGGAUGGGUUUUUCUUCUCUCGCGCCACGGAUGGCAGGAUGAAACCGGGAGAGAAAAAGACGGGGGAGAGUGAAAGAGCGAGGGGGGAAAUAGGAGGAUGUAGUCGUCGGGCGCUGUAAGAAUGCAAAGCGGACGCACCCCUCUGGAAGACAGGACUGAACUAUAAACCUUAACGGAUUUACAGCCACCUAAAGGAUAUUACACACACUUACCUCGACACAUGACAUAUACGGGGGAUGUUCUCUCAUCUGGAACCUUUUUCUGUGGAGUUACAACUUUAAUGAUCUAUGUUAUUAUUAUGAUGGGAUUUGGAGAAAUAACUGUGCCCUAACAGAGGGAAGAAAAGGCACCUGGAAAGAGUGAGGAAAAAACAGCAGAAGAUUUUUGACCAGUUCCAUCAUCCACAAUGUUGUACAGCUACAAUAACAUGUGAAUCAUAAAGCAGUGUGUGUUCUGCUUUUUCAUCUUUAAAGAGCGAAAACGCUGCUUGGAUGUCUGAGGGAGGCUUUGGCAGCCUAGACCUGCUGAAAGCUUGCUUUAGCCAGGGAGGUCACAGAGCUAACCUGUCCCCCCAUCUCACCUGCGAUCUCAUUGAAUAAAAGGUGUUGUGUCCAGGUGAGGGUGGUAACCAUGGAGAGGCUGUUGCUGUGUGUGAUGCUGGCCGUUGCCAUGGCAGUGCGGGCACAGAUCUGCCCGAAGCGCUGCGUCUGUCAGAUCCUGUCACCCAACUUGGCAACCCUCUGUGCAAAGAAAGGUUUACUGUUUGUCCCGCCGAACAUUGACAGACAUACAGUGGAACUACGGCUGGCUGAUAACUUUGUCACAAGUGUAAAAAGGAAAGAUUUUGCUAACAUGACACGGCUGGUGGACCUAACAUUAUCCCGAAACACCAUCUCCUACAUCACACCUCAUGCCUUUGCUGAUCUUGAAAAUCUCAGAGCACUACACCUCAACAGUAACCGGCUGACGAGGAUAGGCAAUGACACUUUUAGCGGGAUGUCAAAGCUUCACCACCUGAUUCUGAACAACAACCAGCUCAUGCUGAUCCACCAGGGUGCAUUCAAUGACCUGCUGGCGUUGGAGGAAUUGGACCUCAGUUAUAAUAACUUGGACUCUAUUCCGUGGGAAGCUAUCCAGAAAAUGACAAGCCUCCACACGUUGAGUUUAGACCACAACAUGCUGGAUUUCAUUCCAGAGGGAACCUUUUCCCUUUUACAGAAGCUCAACCGAUUGGAUGUCACCUCUAAUAAACUUCAAAAGCUGCCUCCAGACCCCCUUUUUCAGCGGGCGCAGGUUCUAGCUACAUCAGGGGUCUUGACCUCCUCUUCCUUUGCCCUGUCAUUUGGUGGGAACCCUCUCCACUGUAACUGUGAGUUACUCUGGCUGAGGAGGCUGAACAGAGAGGACGACUUAGAGACAUGUGCCACUCCAUCACACCUCUCCGGUCGAUACUUCUGGUCCAUACCUGAAGAGGAGUUCCUCUGUGAGCCUCCCCUCAUCACUAGAUUCUCCCAUGAGAUGAGGAUCCUUGAGGGACAGAGAGUGGCGCUCAGGUGUAAGGCAAGAGGUGACCCAGAACCAGCCAUUCAUUGGAUCUCCCCUGAAGGCAAGUUGGUGUCUAACUCCUCUAGAACCUUGGUCUACAACAACGGGACUCUGGACAUCCUCAUCAGUACUGUGAAAGACACUGGCUCCUUCACCUGCAUCUCCUCUAACCCUGCUGGUGAAGCUCACCAAACUGUGGACCUGAUUAUCAUAAAACUCCCACACAUCUCCAACAACACCAACAACAUCCAAGAGCCUGACCCGGGAUCUUCAGACAUUUCCACCUCAACCCGGGGAGGUGCCAAUGGUAGCAAUGUGACAGGUGAUGUGAAAAGUGGAGUUGAUAAGAGGGUGGUGACAGCUGAAGCCACAUCAUCAACUGCACUGAUUAAGUUCAACUUUCAGAGGACUAUACCAGGCAUCAGGAUGUUCCAGAUUCAGUACAAUGGAAGCCAGGACGACUCGCUGGUCUACAGAAUGAUCCCACCAUCAAGCAAGAACUUCCUGGUCAACAACCUGGCUGCCGGGACUCAGUACGACCUUUGUGUGCUGGCCAUCUACGAUGAUGUCAUUACCUCUCUGACCGCGACACGAGUGGUUGGUUGUGUGCAGUUCAGCACCGAGUCAGAGUACAUGAGGUGUCACUUUAUGCAGUCUCAGUUCCUCGGCGGAACUAUGAUCAUCAUCAUUGGAGGGAUAAUAGUGGCCUCAGUGCUCGUUUUCAUCAUUAUUCUGAUGAUACGGUACAAGGUGUGUAACCCUGGUGAGGGUGGCAAAGGUGUUUCUAUGUCAAUGACCAACGUUCACUCACAGACCAAUGGGCAGCAAUCACAGGGAUGCACCGUGACUCCCAGCGCCUCUAAACAUGGAUCAAUAGGAUUAGACGACAUGUCGGGAAGCACAAAGAGAAGAAGCGGAGCAGCAGCUGCAGGAGGAGGACGUGGGGGAAAGGAUACAAUAACUCAGUCAUCUGAGUGCUCCCUGCCUGACUGCUCCACAGCAACAUCAGUUCUCAGCCAGAGUUGGGGGGCAAGGAGCCCAACAGCUGCAGGUGAGGACCGGGAGAAAGUAGGUGAACAGAGAUCUCAAACUGGCAUUGUAUCGCCCACCUCUGCCACCGGUUCCCUGCACAAGCCAAAGCGGAAGCCUGCUCCUGGUAAGCCUGGCUCAGCUUGCUCAAACACCCCAGCAGUGACAGAGACCCUCCUCUCUACUUCCCCUCCUCGGCCGCCUUCUUCUUCCCCCACUGUUACCUCUGCCCUCCUGCCUUCCUCCACCCCUACAGCUCUGGAGAACCACAACACCAACCGCAACAACUCCACCUCUCUUAACCAAACCCUGCCUCCUUCAUUUGCUCCUUCCCCAUUUUCCAGCCCUCUCGCAGCUCCUAGCCCAGUACCUUCUGUACGAUUCAGAGAGACUCCAAUCUUGCGUCGGGCUCCCCGCUCGGCUUCCUCCGCUGCCAAGUAUCAGACUCUUCCUGUGGAGGAAGGAGGAAGGAGCAGAGCGAGGAGGAGGUACUCACUCAGUGAAGGAGGUUCAAAGACUCACUUGUCCCAUCAGCAAACGGGUGGUGGAGCACAAAAAUUGGGGCGCAUAAUGCGGAACAAAAGGAGCCAAUCAAUGAGCGGGAUGCUGCUCCCGAAAGAAGAGGAUGGAGACUCGGACAAAGGACGGUGUGACUCUGACUGGAUCUUAGAAAGCACAGUUUAGACUGGAACAAGGCAGCAACCACAAGAUAAACUUUGAUUUAUUCAUAAUCUUUGUGUGAAUGUCUGCGGUGCGUCUGAAUUUGUUUAUAGGUGUAUGGGUGAAGGUUAAGGCCUCUUGUUGGUGUUAAAAACUGUGUGUGUGUGUUGUUACUGUUUAGAAUGUACAUUUUCAUGUUUGGAUUUUCUUCAUCAUGUGUGUGAUGGGAUGAGUGACUGUUUCUAGAUGAAAACGUGAGUGGAUUUUUCUUUUACACCCUGUUUUUUUAUGAUUCUUUUCAUGUUUCUCCACAGAGCAUUUUUCAUUUUGUUGUGUUGUUUUUGUAUUCAGUUUACUCUUUUCUUCUACUUGUUGACAUUAUCCAUUCUGCAGUUGGUUCUUCAGCGAGUGGAUAACUUGCCUCGUCUUGUAGCGUCCUCGAGUUGUCUUGUUGGUUCCACUUUAUAGCACAAAAGAAAAACAAGACAAUGGGUUUGCCACAUCAUUUCCUCAUUCACACUCACCUUAUCUGAAAACACCACAAAAAGGGAAUUAAUAAAGGGAAAGUGAAGGAAUAAAAAAGAACAAUACAAAGAGAUGAAAAGCACACCAUUCUUAACAUUCACAUGCUCACAGAGUGUGCAUCCAUUAUGUGGCAAGAGAAUAGCAGUCGGUGCCUUCUUUUGCACUAACAGACCCUCACUAACAUAUUUUAACCGGAUGUAGGACUUCGCCACGACUCCACAAACAAGGGAUUGGGACAAAUGGAAUGACCUAAGGAAGAAACAGAUUUCACACAUAGCCUUUCUUACUUAUUGUGGAGAACAGACCUUUUUCUUGACAUAUAAAGACAGGAAACAACAAACAGAUGAAGACUUUAAUGGACCUCUUAUGAAAUCGAUAUUUUUUAAAGGGAAUAAAGAAAAAAAAGAAAAAAAGAAAAAGAACACAAUUACCUUGUGAGCUUUUCACUGACAUUGGUAUACUGAUACUGUACCUUGUGUUGGUCACAAGCUCACAGAAACUUCUGUACAGAAAAGACAACAUGUACUGUGUUGUUAUGUUGUGUAAAAUAA